AUGAAAAUUUGGGUGUAUGUUUCUGUUGAUUUCAAUGUGAAGGCAAUACUGCAAUCCAUCAUAGAGUAUGCCACAGGACAAAACCCCAAUCUCCAUACUUUAGAAACAAUGCGGAAAAAGGUUGAAGAAGUGUUGCAAAGCAAGAGAUAUUUACUUGUUCUUGAUGAUGUGUGGAAUGAAGACCAAGAGAAAUGGAAACAUUUGGAGGGGAUGUUGCGGUUUGCAAGGGGAGCAAAAGGAGCUACCGUUUUGGUCACAACUCGACUCGAGGAAGUUGCUUCCACCAUGGAGACGCAUCCAGCUUACCAUUUGACAGAAUUGUCAGAAUAUGACAGUUGGUCAUUGUUCAAAAGCUAUGCGUUUGGACCAAACCGAGAAGAGAAAGAAGAGCUUGUGACAAUCGGUAAAGACAUUGUGAAAAAAUGCGUUGGUUCGCCGCUUGCAAUCAAAACACUGGGAAGCCUAUUGCGUGAUCAAACUGCGGUAACACAAUGGGAAAAUAUAAAGGAAAGUGAGAUUUGGAAUAUACGGAGUGAAAGUAGUUCUAAGACGGAUAAGGAAAAUUCUAUCAUGCGUGCUUUGAAACUAAGCUAUUUUAAUUUGGAGUUGUCAUUGCGGAGAUGCUUUUCUUUCUGCGCAAUAUUCCCCAAAGGUUUUGAAAUUGUCAAGGAAGAACUAAUUCAUCUCUGGAUGGCUAAUGGAUUUAUUAAAUCUGAAGGAAAUGUAGAAGUGGAGGAUGUCGCCAAUAAUGUGUGGAGAAAAUUAUACCGUAGGUCAUUCUUUCAAGAAGCAAAGUCUGACAAGUUUGGUAUGAUUACAAGUUGUAAGAUACAUGAUCUAUUUUACGAUCUUGCCAAGUCUAUUAUGGGUGAAGAGUGUGUGAUGGUUGAGGAAGGAAGGUUGACUCAGUUGUCAACUAGAGUUCACCAUUUACACUUCUUAAGUUAUAAUAUGUCUGUCGAUGUAGCUGCUUUCAAGAAAGUUGAAUCUAUGCGGACUUUUCUUUUCGGUAAUAUUAGGCAGUUGCCAUCAAACCGUUGUCUGCGAGCAUUAUGUAUAAGAUCUUCUAUGUUGCCUCCAUUGAAUGAUUUAGCACAUUUGAGAUACUUGAGUGUGCAUGAUAGCUCGGUGAGAAACUUGAAUGAUUCAAUUUGUCAACUGUCGAAAUUGCAAAUAUUGAAACUGGAGUCUUGCUUUGAUUUUUAUGAGAUACCUAAAAAGUUAACACAAUUACAGGAUCUAAGACAUAUUUUGAUUAAUAAAUGUGCUUCAAUACCAGAUAUGCCUCCGAAUAUUGGGAAGUUAAGGCAUCUAAGAACAUUAAGCCUUUUCGACGCGGGUUCAACACCUGGGUAUGGGUUGACAGAGUUGAGUGGCUUAAGGCUGGGAGGCAAGCUGCAUAUCAGAGGACUUGGGAAUGUGAGCAACGAAUGGGAUGCUAAAGAAGCAAAUUUGAGGAGCAAGAAGGAGUUGAAUCGCCUAUACUUGUCAUGGGGUGGUGGUGCUAAUUCAGAAAGUAAUAAUGUUAGUGCAGAGAGAGUAUUGGAAGCCUUGGAACCUCCCUCAACUCUGAAGAGUUUUGGGAUGAAUGAAUAUCAAGGAAAACAGUUAUCGAGUUGGAUGAGAAGUGUUGUACAUUUGAGAGACUUGGUGGAAGUUAUACUCUUCGACUGUGACAACUGUGAGGAGCUUCCUCCACUUGGUAAACUACCACACUUGAAAAGGGUACACGUGCGUGGAAUGAAAAAUGUGAAGUGGAUAGAUGGUGAGUCGUAUGAAGGUGUGGAGGAGAAGGCAUUUCCAUCGUUGGAGAAACUGAGUGUAGAGAAUUUACCAAAGUUGGAAAGGAUGUUGAGGGAUGAAGGAGUAGAGAUGGUCCCCCAUCUUUCCCAAUUAACAAUUGAUGGUGUCUUCAACUUUAAAGUCCCACAUCUUCCUUGUGUUGAGGAGCUUCAUGCUAGAAAAGUUGUAGCAGCGACUUCCUUCAUUGAAGGGGUUGGGGAUAACAUGGUUUGUCUAAAGACUCUGCGUGUUAGCUCAAUUAAAGAAUUGAAGGUACUACCGGACCAACUGAGGAGGCUGGGUGCCCUGGAGUACCUUCGCAUUGGAUUUUGGUAUGAUUUGGAGCAUUUUCCAGAACAUGUAUCGGAAGGUUUGACCUCUCUUCGAAGUUUGAGCAUUUACUGCUGUGAGAACUUAAAAUCCUUGCCUGAAGGUGUGCGACAUUUGACAUGUCUUCGGCAUUUGAAUAUCGGCAAUUGUCCACAGCUGGUAGCUCUACCAAGCAAUAUGAGCAAACUAACUUCCCUUCGGACUGUCUAUAUCUAUGAUUUCUCUACAUUACCAUAUGGCUUACAAUUUGUCCCCUCCCUACGAACUUUGAAUAUAGAAAGAUGCAUGUUUACUUCAUUGCCAGACUGGCUGGGAGAUAUGACUACUGUUGAAGAAUUAAGCAUUUGGUUCUGUGAGGAGUUGAGGUCACUGCCGAGUAGCAUUCAACGCCUCACCAACUUGUCUUAUUUAAGUAUAGACCGAUGUCCUCAUCUGAGAAAGCGAUGCAUGAGGGAAACAGGUGAAGAUUGGCAAUACAUAAAGCACAUUCCAGAAAUAAAACUGGACUCCUACUCACUCCCAGAGGAAAAGUCUUUAACAUUAAGUGGUGAGAGUAUCCGCCGAUUAUCUUGCUCAUGGAACUGCUUCAAGACUGCUAGACAGCCUGCCAAAGGAGUGGUAAGCAGCAAUUCAUUUGAUCGUGUACUUGAAGAGUGAAUGUGCCAUUCCAGGCACAAUCGAAGAGCAGUCUUGAGUUUUUAGAGAUUUCUUAAAGGA